GGGGAGACGGCUUCAUCAUGUCUUCUGGAGGUCUUCUUCUCCUGCUGGGACUCCUCACCCUCUGGGCAGAGCUGACCCCAAUCUCCGGCCAGGACCGUCCAAAGUAUUGUUAUCUUCCUCCUGCCCCCGGACGAUGUAAAGGCUAUUUCCCUCGCUUCUACUACAACCCGGCUUCAAACCAAUGCCUAGUGUUUAUUUAUGGUGGAUGCCAGGGCAAUGCCAACAGGUUUAAGACCAAAGAUGAAUGCCACCGCACCUGUGUUGCAUCCCCAAUGAGCCAGCAGCCCGAGUGUGGGGCAGACGGCUUCAUCAUGUCUUCUGGAGGUCUUCUUCUCCUGCUGGGACUCCUCACCCUCUGGGCAGAGCUGACCCCCGUCUCCGGCCAGGACCGUCCAAAGUUUUGUUACCUUCCUGCGGAAACCGGACCAUGUAAAGCCAAAAUGCCUCGCUUCUACUACAACCUGACUUCAAAUCAAUGUGAAAAUUUUACUUACGGUGGAUGCCAGGGGAAUGACAAUAAUUUUAAGACUCUGGAUCAAUGUCGCUACACCUGUGUUGAGAAGCGUGGGGUGUGUCCCGAGAAACCUUCAGAUAUAGUCACUUUUUGUUUCACGGACUGUGAAAAUGACUGGAAAUGCCCUAAGAAUCAGAAGUGUUGCGAGAUUGGUUGCAUGAUUACCUGCAGGGAUCCUGCCUAAGGUCCACCCGUCCAGCCCAGACUGGCAUUCCUGCUGUUUGGGCACCAUGAAGGCUGCACAUGGCCUCCUCCUCCUCCUCCUUCUGGGUCUCCUCACCCUCCAGGCUGAGCUGCCCCCUUCGAUGGGACAAAGAG